GCCACGACGAAGCAGGCGUCAGUUUCGUGCUGCCGUUCCAUGAGCGUUUCCUAGCUCAUAUAGUGUGAACUGGAACCCGGAUACCUGAUGCCUUUGCCAGCCACCUGGUGGAUGCUAACCGUCUCAGCGGUGGCUCUCAUGUACGUCGCUCCUGCUUCAUUAUCAGCCCUUGAAUCCAAAGGCAAUGACGAUGGAGAAGUCAUGCUCAACACAUCAAAAGCUGGUGGUGCCCGGGCACAGUUCAACAGGACGUGCAAGUGUGGCAAGAAAUUCACGCGCAUCGUCGGCGGUACGGAGACAUAUCGUCACGAGUAUCCUUGGCAGGCGGCGCUCGUACAGACCGCAACUGGAGAACAAUUCUGCGGUGGUUCACUUAUCACCAACCAACACAUACUCACAGCUGCCCACUGCCUUCAGGGCUUUGGAGCUGAAGAUGUUGUGGUUCACUUAAGAGACCAUAACCUCACCAAUCCGUCCGAAACUAAUUUGGUGGAAAGAAAUGUGACGACAAUUUACACCCAUCAUUUAUAUGACCCCGUCACUAAUAAUAACGAUAUUGCCAUCAUUCAUCUAAACAAAACUGUCAGGAUCAGUGCCCGGCUGUUGCCCGUAUGUCUGCCGUCCUCGGCUCUGCCGCAAUAUGGCAACAAAGAAGCUGUCGUCACAGGCUGGGGUGCUACGUCGUCCGGAGGUCCAAGUUCCAGCACAUUGCUGGAAGUGACAGUCCCGGUUUUGACACAGAAACAUUGCCAGCAGCGGACAGGCUACCAGCCUUCUGAGAUCACCAGCAGGAUGUUGUGUGCUGGAGCCGCUGGGCUCGACUCCUGCCAGGGAGACUCAGGCGGUCCUCUAGUACACCUGGAUAAAGGACAACGUUACGACCAGAUCGGGAUUGUGAGCUUCGGUAGAAGCUGCGGCCUGGAAAAUUUUCCUGGAGUCUACACUCGCGUCAACAAAUUCUUGCGUUGGAUUGAAAAGCGCACUUUGGAUGGGGUUUACUGCGCGGGUUUCAGUUUCCCGACAGAGAUUCCAAGUCUGAAAUUCCGACUUUGAAAUGAAAACAGGAUAAACUGUUCUGAUGAUGCAAAUUUUUUAUUAUGUAAUGCAUGUUUCUCGUUAGAAUAGCCAUUUUCGAUUAUUUUUAGAAUCGCAAUUAUUAUUUAGAUAGAAUUGUUCUAAUUAAAGUUGGAAGAAGCUCAUGUAACACAACGUGUGUUUAUUCUUUUGCCUUUUAUACAGACAAUUCAUAUAGUUGUUUGUUGAUUUAUUGUUCUAGGAUAUUGUUCUAUAGCUUCAAAUUAUCACUUUGUAUUAUGUAGAUCUGUAGAGCGCCAUGUUACAUUUUUUUCUGAGGAUUUUAAUUAUACAAAUUCAUUAACUA